UUCCUCUUGAGCUUAUCUUUCUCCCUCUCCGCGUGUUCUCUCGAAGGGAAGUACGAACUUUCCAAUGUGAGCUGAAGGAGAACUUAUUCACCCUGCUGCCUUACGCUCACCGGAAGGUGAGGGCAACCGCCCCCUUCCUCCCUCCCUCUCGAAUGCUCUCCUCCUCUCCUCCCAAAUCCCCCUCCAAAUCCCACCAAGAUCCCACCUUUCCCCGCCGCCGAUGGAUCCCGCGCCACCCCCCUCCGCCCCCCGACGCCCGCCGCGGCGGCGCUCGGUGAAGCCCACCAACUACGACGAGUCCCGCCUCGAUGCCCUCCUCCACGACCAACUCGGCGGUCCCGUCCCCUCCCGCAAGCGCAACAAGACCCUCGAGGAGCGCCAGCGCGAGACCGAGACUGAGGCCAUGAUCGCUCUCUCCCUCGGCUUCCCCAUCGACGCCCUUCUCGACUCCGAGCUCGCCGCCGGCGUCGCUGCUCCCUUCGCUGCCGAGCAGAACGACUACAUCGUCGUCCGCAACCACAUCCUCGCCCGCUGGCGCGCCAACGUCCGCUCGUUCCUCUCCAAGUCUCAGAUCCGCGAGACCGUAAGCAGCGACUACGACCACCUCAUCUCCCGCGCCUACGACUUCCUCUCCGAGCGGGGCUACAUCAACUUCGGCGUGUCCCCCGCUAUCCAGGCGCAGUUCCAGGAGGAGAACGACAAAGGGUCGGUCGUCGUCGUGGGGGCUGGCCUCGCCGGUCUGGCGGCGGCGCGGCAGCUCCUCGGUUUUGGCUUCAAGGUCUUGGUUUUGGAAGGCAGGGACCGGCCCGGCGGCAGAGUCUACACCAUGAAGAUGGGUAAAAGAGGGAACUUCGCUGCCGUCGACCUCGGCGGUAGCGUCAUCACUGGCAUUCAUGCGAACCCUCUUGGUGUCCUGGCUCGGCAGCUCGGCGUUCCGCUCCACAAGAUCAGGGACAGGUGCCCUCUGUUCCGGCCGGACGGGAGGGAUGUCGAUGACAAAUUGGAUCUUGAAGUGGAUUUCGUGUUCAACAAGCUCCUUGACAAGGCUACGCAGCUGAGGGAGGUGCUGGGAGAGUUUGCCGAUGGCAUUUCAUUGGGUUCUGCCAUCGAAAGGCUUCGGAAGUUGUAUGGCAUGGCGAGGAGCGGCGAGGAGAGGGAGCUUCUUGAUUGGCAUCUUGCGAAUUUGGAGUACGCUAAUGCCGGGUGCCUCACGGAGCUCUCGCUGGCCUACUGGGACCAGGAUGAUCCCUAUGAGAUGGGUGGAGAUCACUGCUUCCUUGCAGGAGGCAAUUGGAGAUUGAUCAAUGCACUGUGUGAGGACGUGCCCAUAUUGUAUGGAAAGACGGUAACAAGGAUAGAGUAUGGAGAAGGGGGAGUGGUGGUGGUUGCCGCCGGUGGACAAGUGUUUCAGGCCGAUAUGGUGCUCUGCACUGUGCCACUUGGUGUCUUGAAAAGUGGGAAUAUUAAGUUUCAUCCCGAAUUGCCAUCUCGGAAGCUGGAGGCUAUCAAGAGACUAGGUUUUGGGUUGCUGAACAAAGUGGCCAUGGUCUUUCCUUAUGUCUUUUGGAGUGAGGAACUCGAUACAUUUGGUUGUCUUAACAGGGAUCGAUGCAAGCGUGGCGAAUUCUUCCUGUUCUAUAGUUAUCAUACAGUUUCUGGAGGUCCUGUGCUUAUUGCUUUGGUGGCAGGAGAAGCUGCAUUGAGUUUUGAAUCCACUGAUCCGGUCAUUUUGCUUCAUCGAGUUCUUGAGAUUCUUAGAGGUAUCUAUGGUCCAAGAGGUGUUCAAGUUCCCGAUCCGAUUCAAACAGUUUGUACAAGAUGGGGUAGCGAUCCUCUUUGUCGCGGUUCAUACUCCCAUAUCAGAGUAGGGUCAUCUGGUAGUGAUUAUGAUAUUCUCGCUGAGAAUGUUGGGGGACGACUCUUUUUUGCGGGGGAAGCAACAACUAGGGAAUAUCCAGCUACAAUGCAUGGAGCUUUCUUGAGUGGAUUAAGAGAGGCAUCAUGUAUUCUUCAUGCCUCAAGGAGUAUAACUAAUGGGAAUGCUGAUCCUAAGAAGUGCUUGCAGAAGAACUUGAGAUUUUGCAAUGACAUUCUCUUGGAUCUAUUUAAGGAGCCAGAUUUAGCAUUUGGGAACUUUUCUUUUGUGUUCGAUACGAUCACAAUGGAGGAUCCUAAGGCAAUGGGACUUAUGAGGGUUACCUUUGGAACAUCCAAAAAUGAAGCUUGCAGGAGCUAUAUCUCGGAAGAAGAAUCAGAGGAACAAAGGCAGUUGACAGAUUCACAGUUUCAAGCUUUGCAUCUGUAUGCUAUUUUAUCCCGGGAGCAAGCACACCACAUACAACUGGUUUUUUGGCUAGAGGCUGAACAUUUUCAACAAAUGGGGACACAAACGCAUCCUAGAGGUUAUCGAGCAAGCUCCAAGUCAACAGAGAUCAACCAAUGAUUGAAGAAAAUAAAAGAAAGAGGGGAAGACAAAAGAGAAAGCUGGAACUUGAAUUAAUCAUUCAUAAAUCUGUCACUUCAUCUCCUCUUCACCCAUUCAAAAUCUAUGCUAGAAAGAUAUUCUAAUAAAUCUAUUUGUGGAGACAAAGGCAGAAAUAGCAAAUAUCUUUUGUUAGCAUGUGAAGGGGAAAUAGGUUGGAUGGCAUGGAGGGCUGAUUUCUCUUUUAUUUCUUCUCUUCUUUUUUCUUACUUUUCUUUGUUUCCCUUGUGUUCUUUUAUUUUCUUUUUUUCUCUAUUGAUUGUGCGAAGAGAUGGACAUACAACCUCUUUCUUUGGU